CUAGUAAGUUUUAUAAAUUCCUAAAGAAACCAAUAACUAUAUUUUGACCCAAAAACAUUUUUUUGCACUUUCUUGAAAUUGUGGAAUUUAAUUUCCACAAUCUCUCAAAUAUUAGACAAUUCCAUGGCCAAACAUAUAUUUGGCCAACAUUUUCCCAAAAAUUACCUCCAAAAUAUAAGGCCAAAAAGGUCCUUGCUUGUUCACGUGAAUAUCCAUCAGCAGACAUCACAUGUCGCCAUGGCAAGUGAAGGUACCAAUCAGAAGAAAUUACCAAGAUUUCUUUGCCUUCAUGGAUUUAGAACAAGUGGAGCAAUUUUGAAGAAGCAAAUUUUUGAUAAAUGGCCAACUCAAGUUGUGGAUAAAUUGGAUCUUGUUUUUAUUGAUGCACCUUUUCCAUGUCAAGGCAAAUCUGAAGUUGAGGGCAUAUUUGACCCUCCUUAUUACGAAUGGUAUCAGUUCAAUAAGGAUUUGAAAGUGUAUGAGAAUUUUGAUAAAUGUCUUGAAUACAUAGAAGAAUGUAUGAUUAAACAUGGACCUUUCGAUGGUCUUCUUGGUUUCUCCCAGGGGGCAAUUAUUUCUGGAGGAUUGCCUGGGUUGCAGGAUAAGGGAGUGGGACUUACAAAGGUGCCAAAAAUAAAAUAUCUGAUAAUUAUUGGAGGUGCUAAAUUGCAGGAUAAUUCAGUGGCAGAGAAAGCUUAUUCAUCACCAAUUACAUGCCCUUCUGUUCACUUCUUAGGUGAGCAAGACUACCUAAAGAAGUAUGGGAUGGAGCUCUUGGAACUAUAUGUUGAUCCAGUGGUGAUUCAUCAUCCCAAGGGUCACACUAUACCAAGAUUUGAUGAGAAAGGAUUAGAGAGCAUGCUUAGUUUCAUUGAGAAGGUGCAAGCAGAGAUUAACAAGUGAUCAACUUUGAUAAUUUUUUAUUUUAUUUUAUUUUUCUUGAAGCUCCAUGUUUUUGGAAAUUUUUCUUCCUUUAAUUUUUAAAAAUAAAAUCACUUCAAAUAAUUAGAUUUUUUAACCUAUAGGGAAGAAAAAUUCUAGGCCUUACUAGAAAAGUUAAAGAACUAUAUCUAUAUGUGGCCAUACUAUUUAUUGUAUUUACGGCUCUCUAUGCCAUUGGAUUAUUUUACAUCCUUGAUAUGUUUCUCUUGGUUAAAGAAAAUUCUUGUUCA